AUGCUUGAAUAUUUACAAACAAAGGCUGAACGUGAAGCUUUUAUUGACAAAUACGAUAAUUUCUUAUUUGACUGCGAUGGUGUUUUAUGGGAGGGUACUCGUGUAUUUGAUAAUAUUUCUGAAGCCAUGAAACUUUUACGUGAAAAGGGUAAACGUGUUUUCUUUGUCACAAAUAAUAGUACCAAAUCUCGUGUAUCUUUCUUAAGUAAAUUUGAAAGUUUCGGUAUCCAAGCAACCAAGGAAGAAGUCUUUAGUUCUGCUUUUGCCACUGCUUCUUAUCUUAAGAAUGUUUUAAAGUUCCCCAAAGAUAAGAAAGUUUAUAUUAUUGGUAUGAAUGGUAUUCGUGAUGAAUUAGCUGCAGAAGGAAUUCGUAGUUGUGGUGGCGAAGAGGAUGCAGGAUUAUUCGAAAAUGAAAGCGUCACCGAUGAUAAGGAAGUCGGUGCUGUUGUUAUUGGUCUUGAUACAAAGGUCAAUUACAGAAAAUAUGCAAAGGCUUAUGCCUAUUUAACUAGAAACGAAGGCUGCCAUUUCAUUGUUACUAACGAAGAUUCUACUUAUCCUCAAUUUGGUUCAUUUUAUCCCGGUGCUGGUGCUAUUGCUGCUCCUAUUAUUACAGCUCUUGGUAGACGACCUGAUGCUGUUUUGGGUAAGCCUGCACAGAAUAUGCUACAGGCCAUUUUUGCAGAAUAUCAACUUGACCCUAAAAAGACAGUUAUGAUUGGUGAUAGAUUAAAUACAGAUAUUGAGUUUGGUGUUAAUGGUGGCAUUGAUACUUUAUGUGUAUUAACAGGUAAAACGCACAUUUUUUUUUGGAUAUAA